CACUCCAACAAGAAGCAGCAGCUGCCCAGACUUGAGCCCACCACCGCGAUGUCUGAGACCACAAAACCCGCUGCUCCUGGCCAGGCUGCGGAUGACAAGGAGAAGGCAGCUCCUGCUCCAACUCCAUCCCUCGACCCUGCUCCUGUCGCAAACAGCAAGGGCGAGGAGCCCUCCCCAGAAGCCUUCAGGAUUGUUGUCUUCGACCAGGAGAACUUCCAGGGCAGGCAGAUGGAGUUCACCACCGAGUGCCUGAACCUGGCUGACCGUGGCUUCGACCGGGUGCGCAGCGUCAUUGUCACCUCUGGACCCUGGGUGGCCUAUGAGCAGGCCAACAUGCGUGGGGAGAUGUUCAUCCUGGAGAAGGGCGAGUACCCUCGCUGGGACACUUGGUCCAGCAGCUACCGGAGCGACUGCUUCAUGUCCAUGCGUCCCAUCAAAAUGGAGGCUGAGGACCACAAAAUCUCCCUCUACGAGUCUGCUGACUUCAAGGGCAACAAGAUGGAAAUCCAGGAGGACGAUGUGCCCAGCCUCUGGGCUUAUGGCUUCUGCGACCGCGUGGGCAGCGUGCAGGUGCCCAGUGGAACCUGGGUCGGGUACCAGUACCCUGGCUACAGAGGCUACCAGUACCUGUUUGAGACCGGCGACUUCCGACACUGGAAUGAGUGGUCUGCCUUCCAGCCCCAGAUCCAGUCCAUCCGCCGCAUCCGGGACAUGCAGUGGGACCAGAAGGGCACCUUUGUCACCCCCGACGCGCCCUCCGACUGAGCGUGCUGCCUGCUAGCUACGAGUCCCGGGCCCCGUGGGGCACCCCCGCCUCCCCUCGCGCUCGCCUGCCCAGCACUUUCCUUGUACAUUGCACAUUCCCUGGAUGUACUCUACCUUGUGAGGCAAAUUAAAAAAAAACCAGAAGAUUAGAACUGCUCGGGGGUCGGUGGUGCAUGAACGCGGCUCCGCUUGCCCGGGAUGUGCCAGCCUUGCGCUGGAGCCGGGUGGGACACGGUGGAGGGGGGUUUUGCCAGGGAAUUGGUCUCAGGCAGGAAUUCCCCCCGCUGGGGCUGGGACACAGGAGACCCUCGGUGUGGGGGAAGGGGGUGGCAAAGGCCCUGCAGCCCGACCCCACCAGCCCCCGUGGGGACCCUGUCAUCUGGGGGACUCAGGGUGCCCCGGGAGCCGCGGAAUCAGGGCGGGCUGCUGGCUCUGUCCACGCCUGAGGGAUCGGGGGGCCGCGAGGGGUCCCGGGUCUCUGCCCGCGGGAUCCACCUGGGCACUAAUUAAUAGCCAAAAUUGCAGUCAAUCAAAGAUCAAUUCACUUUCAAGUGGUGUUUUUUCCCCCCUCGGGUGCUGUCCCUCCCCACCGGGCACUUCUUUGCGGCCUCAUUCCCCCUUUCCCAUCCCGUUGCCUCCCGGCGGGGCACCUCGGGUGGCAUUUCCCUGCGCUCCCACGCCGCUAAUUACCGACGGCGGUGAUUAAUUACAGCGCCGGCAGUGACGGCGGCGCUGCCGAGCGCUGCACAGAGGCAGCAGCGGGACCGGGGCGGG